AUGAGCUGUUUAGGUGUGACGUUCUGCGAACAAAUCAGCACCGAGGAGUUCGAUCGACAGAAUCUGGAGGCUUCAGAGCAGGCGUUGAUGAAGCUGGUUUGCGACGUCAUUGACAAUACGAACCUGAUGCUGGAAGAGAAAAUCAAGUGGCUCGAGCGUUUCAAGGCCGAAUACCCGCGACUGUACGAAAAACAUUUCAAGCACAUACGAUGGUGA